CGUCAAGAGGCACGGGGAACGGCUUGGCAGCGCGUUGUCGCGCCUGGGAUUCUUGAGUCUCUUCGGCGAUGCGUGGUUUCUGCGUUCUCUGGGUGUGUUGUCUCUGUCUUACAGGUAAGGUACUACGGAGUACUCGUACUACGUAGUGCCUGUUUGUGGUGAUGCAGCUGCCAAGGAUGUGAUGAAGAUGGCGGUGAUGGUGAGAAAGCGCGCUUGGCAUAUUACCUGACGAUUUCCCACUUCACUACCCAAGCAAGGAACACUGCUUCUCUUUCUUUCGCAUAAUCAUUUGGGUAGUCUGAAGAGAACACCAUCGUAAUAUCUCCAAUCAUCAACUUGGUGGAUCCGCCACCGUCCCUGCUUCCUCCUCUCGAUCUUCCGAAAUACCUCGAAGUGUUCAUCCUCAGACCUCGACAACAACAACAGCAUCGCCUGCUUCCUAGGAUGACCCGCUUCAACCCUUUCGCACGUAGUCGGCAAGACACAACGACCCUCCCAACACAUCGUAAAAGCAGCCAGGACACAAAGGUCAAUAAUCGCUGGCAUGGACACGAUUACAGCAUGGCCCACCGGCCGCCUUUUAUGCUCUGGCUCAAGGUGACGUGGCUAGACAUCCUCACCAUGAUCAUCAUGGGAGUCAUCGCCCUUGUGGUCUUCAGAGCCCAUCCGCCAGCACACCGAACGUUCCCCGUCACCUUUGACAACGACGAGGUCGUCUACCCCCAGUUCGCAUACCCGCACAUCCCACAAUAUAUCCCCAGCCAUGCCGCCACCGCCCUCGGCAUCGGCGUGCCCAUCCUCUCCAUCCUCCUCUGCCAGAUCAGAGUGCGCUCCUUCUGGGACAUCAACAACGGCAUCAUGGGCCUCCUCUACUCCGUCAUCGGCUCCACCGUCUUCCAGGUCAUGAUCAAGUGGCUCAUCGGCGGCCUGCGUCCCAACUUUCUCGAAGUCUGCCAACCCGACAUUACCAAAGCCUCCCAGCCGGGCGGCAACGCCACGGGUCUCGACGGCACGGGCUACGGAGGCAUCAUGUGGACGUCGGAUAUCUGCACCAGGGAGAUGGACGGCACCCUCUCCAACGCCAUGGAAUCUUUCCCCUCGGGCCACACCACUGCCAUGUUCUCGGGCAUGGUGUUCCUGUACCUCUACCUCAACGCCAAACUCAAGGUCUUUUCAAACCACCACACUCCCAUGUGGAAGCUCGUCCUCACCUACGCUCCGAUCCUCCUCGCCACCCUAGUCGGCGGUUCCCUGACGGUCGACCAGUCUCAUAACUGGUACGACGUUCUAGCGGGCGCCAUUAUUGGGACUGUUUUCGCUUUCUCGUCGUACAGGAUGGUCUACGCCGCCGUAUGGGACUGGCGCUUCAACCAUAUUCCCCUCCAUCGCAAGAUGCCUCUGGAAUUCAACCUCGAGGCUAUUGGUGAAGUCGGCGCGGUGGCCACCCGCAAGGCCGGAUGGGGUAAGAGACGCGGGGAGAAGGGAGCUGGUCCCGAGAGAAUGGCUAGCAGGACAAGGUACGCCACCGGUAGUAGGGAUGCGCGAGGCUUUGGUGUACCCCGUAAGGCGGUGGCAUCUCACCAUUCGAGAGGCGACCGGCGUCCAUCCGGCGAGGACAUGGUGUAGUCGUUCACCGACUCGUUCCGCCGGGUGGGAUUUUUUUGCUUGGUCCGAGGAGUUGCGAAUGAUACCCAGAUUGCAGACAAGCAUCGAUCCGGUGGUCUCGAUCGCGCCAUGAGAGAUGGCGCAAGAGCAUGCGCCGUCGCCUCAGAUACCUGCGUGUUUGACUUGUUUACUUAGUACUCAUAAUUAAUACUACACAACCAAAUUUUAUUCAAAGCACCAACCAGUGUCGGACCUCUCUUCCC